AGCACGGAUUCUUCGAAACCUGCCGUUGUUUAUUGCGCUCCCUCUCUCUCUCUCUCGUCACCAACUCUCUUUAUAAUCUCAAUACCUUCCACUCUUCCAUUACCACCUCUCUCUCUCUCUCUGUUUCUCUCUGAAAAACCACUCAAAGUACUACACUUUGGAGAAGACCCAAAGGAAAGAAAGAGUGUUUGGAACAUAAAACAGAACAACAAAUUUGUUGAUUUCAUGGAGUCUCUGAGUAAUACAAGAAGGCAAUGUUUCAUUGAGGAAGAUGAUGGGUUGGCCUCUCUGGCUGACAUGGAAGCUGGGAUCUCUGGAAGCCACCAUCACCACCACCACAACCACAGCAACCUUUUAUUGUCCAGGACACUCUGUUACAGCGCUUCAUAUAAUAGCAGGAAGGGGAGUUUCAGAAACGUUUCGGUUUCUUCUCCUAGAUCUGGGCGUUUCUAUGAUGCCAGAUUCGAAGAGCCCCAACCCCAUUUCUUGGAAGCCUGUUUUCUUUGCAAGAAACCUCUUGGGGAUAACAGAGACAUCUUCAUGUACAGAGGAGACACACCGUUCUGUAGUGAAGAGUGCAGGCAAGAGCAAAUAGAAAUAGAUGAAUCCAAGGAGAAGAACUGGAGUCUCUCUUCUAUGAAGGCCUUGAGAAAAAAGCAGCAGAGGGAGUCUACUUCCCCCAACAAAACCCAGGACUGUCGUUUCGAUACAAGCACCAUGGUAGCUGCUCAAAUUUAUGUAUAAAAAAAAAAAAAAAAAAAAAAAAAUUGUGAGGCACUACCUACCAUCAUAUAUUUCCUGAAAAAGGAAAACAGAAAAAUAACAGAAAAAUCUAUGUCUAAUAGCUUUCCAAAAAAGAAGGAAAAAAAAACAGAAAAAAAAAGAAGGCCAAGAACAGAGGAGGAGAAGAAGGAGACCCCAUUUUGAGGGAGUUUUGUUUAUGUUGAAUUUGUGAAUCUUUAAGUAUAGACGAGAGAGUGUUGUGGUUGCUUGCAUCUGCUCCAUGAGAUGGCUCUUUGGAGUUUUUAUCUUUUUUUUUUUGGUAAAUUAAUAUUAAAUAUCUCUAGUAAAACAAAAGCUUCAGCCUUUUGAAUGAAGAAAUUGUAAUGAAACUUUCCUUCUCACUCUGUUUUGUGAGCCUUUUCUUCAGAUUUGUCGUUUGUUUGAAUCAUACUUGUCUAAUAAAGUGUUGCAUUAUAACAACUUUAUUAAGCUUAA